GCCAGUUUAAGUUGCCAUAGCAGGGAAAAGGGAAGUCCCAGCGCAGUAACAGUUGUGAACACGAAUAAGUUAGCAACUCUACGGAUUCGUUCUGACGUUUGCACUCGCAGAUGGUAACCUAGGUUGCCAAGAUGCCAGAUUAACCUUAGUAUCCAACUGGAAAAUGGUGCUAAUUUUGGUGACUGUCUAAGUGAAGUUAGUACAGGAUCCUCAGCCAGUAUUGCUUCAAUGUCAGAUCCAUGGCAGAAUCGUCCAGCGAAUCCGACGCUUAUCUGCACAGCAGCAGAGGCCGCGAUAUGCAGUCCCGGAACAGACGGGGAGGAGCCGGCGUGGACACGGACAUUUCAGCCAAAAUAGACACUCUGGCGCAUACGUUACAGGAUACCAAUAGAAAUCUACAUAAUGUGGACAGGAUGCUGGGUAAAUACAGGGAACACACAGAUGACCAGGCUGAGGUCAUGGCAACGCUGAGAGAGGACCUGGAGGAGUCGAUCCAGCAGCUGCGCAGCCAGCGUCUGCAGAGGGCCACGGCAGCCCGCAGCACGUCCGCCUCCACCCUGCACACCAGCGACCUGGAUGCCGGCUCCGCUUCUGACGGCCAUCGCUACUUUCCCACCUCUCCCCUGAGGGACUAUGCUGGCCCAGAGACGGCGGGAAGAAGGCGAUCGAGGUCCGCCACCGUGCGAUUCAGGGACGCCGGCAAGAAGGAAGACCACGUGCACAGUCUGCAUCAGUCCCUGCGAGACCUGCGCAGCGACCAGAUCCGCCUAGGGGACGACGUGGACCGAGAGAUCCUCAGACGGAACAGGACAGAGGUGGAAACCAAGCGGACUUUGGAGCGCCUGUCCGAGAGCCUGGUUUCACCCCAGCGUGUGGAACCAUCGGUGUCCUCACGUGUGGAGAGGCGUCUGCAGGAGAUAGAAAAGGAGAUCCGGUCAGAGCGGAGGUGUGAGGAGAAGCUUCCGGGGCAGCACGGGAACAUGUCCAAGGAACUGCAGCAGGCUCUGAGAAGGCGGGAGGAUGCGGCUGGUGAAUUCGAGGAGGCAAUGAAGAGCAAACUUCUGAGAUCCGAGUGUGAGAAAAACAAGGUUGAACAGGAGCUGGAGAGGACCAGGAGACAGUUGGACCAGUCGGAAGGUGGACGGGACACCCUUCUGCAGCAGGUAGAAGACCUGCGUGUGCAGCUGCAGAGGACGGAUAAGGAGCGGAUGGACAUGCAUCAGCAGAUCUCCCCCCUGAAUGCCCAGAGGAGCCGACAGGACCGCGAAGAACAGGAGAGGGAGAGGGGGUCAGUGGAGCGGUUGGAGCUGGAGAGGGAGCUGCAGGAGUUGCGCCUCCAGCUGGGGCGAGGUGCGGUCCUGAACGAGGUGGAGGAGCUGAGGAGAACAGUGGAGCGCAAAGAGAGGGAGAGGGCACAGCUGUGUGUGCAGGUGGAGGCUCUGUCAGCGGACCUGGAUCGGCGGGAGCAGCAGCAGCUGCGGAUGCUGGAGCAGCUGAAGGAGAUCCAGGCGCAGGCGGAGGAGUGCCAGGCUGAGCGGGCACGGGCGGAAGCACAGAGUGCCCAGAGCGACCGGAGGAGGGAGGAGGUGAAGAGCCGCGCCCAGGAGGCCCUGCGCCAGUGGAAGGCCAAGUGCCGAAAGCUGGAGCUGAGCCUGGAGGAGCAGAGCAAGGAAGCGCAGCUCAGCGCUGACAAGACCCGGCAGGCGCUUAAGGAGAGGGACGGCCUGCAGGUGGCGCAGCAGGUGCUCAGCCAGCAGGCAGAGGCCCUGCGCAAGGAGCUGGCGGACGUGCUAGGCCGUCUGGCGCAGCGCGAGGAGGAGGUGCGGCGGCAGGAGCUGGAGCUCUCCGAGGCCAGGUCCCACUGCCGGGGCCUGGAGCAGGAGGCGAGGGAGGUGCGCGAGGCCUCCCGCUCCCUGGAGGAGGAGGCCGGGCGGCAGGGCCUGCUGGAGGCGCGCCUGCGGGAGGAGACCCGUGGCCUGGAGGCCCGGGUGGAGGAGGCGGACCGCGGGAGGGAGCGGGAGCACGCCGCACUCCUGGAGUUGCGGGGGGAGGCACGGGAGCUGGGCGCCCGGCUGGCCCACGAGGAGGAGGCGCGGAAGGAAGCGCAGCGUCGGUUGGAGGAGGCAAGAGAGGAGGCGCAGCGUCGGCUGGAGGAGGUGCGGGAGGAGGCGCAGAGGCGGCUAGAGGAGGCGCAGGAGGAGGCGCGCGACCAGGCCCAGCAGCUGCGGCUGGAGAGGGAGCUGCACCAGAGCGAACUGGCCAGCCUGAAGGGGGCGCUGCAGGACGGGAGGGUCAAGCAGGAGCGCGCCGUGCAGGAGACGCUCAGGCUCUGCCAGCAGGAGAGGAAGGAGCUGCAGGACCACCUGAGGGAGCUGAAGGCGGAAACGGCGGCAGACAAGGACAAGGUGAGGGCGCACCGCCGACAGGUGGAGCAGAUGAAGGCAGAGUGCGACAAACUGACGGAGGAGCUGUCUCACACCGAAGAGGGCCACUCCCAGCUCCACAGGAAGUACCAGCUGCUGAAGCAGGAGCUGGAAGAGAAGGCGAAGCUGGUUGCCAGAGGGGACGACUGCAUUCGGAACGUGGAAAACGCAAUCUCGGAGCUCCGGGCACACAUCAGCCGCUUGGAGGCGGAGCAGGAGUCUGUGCUUUCCUCCAUUGGAGCCGAAAUCGACGCAGCCUGCAAAGAGCUGUCAGGGGAUUCCACUGAGAAGCUCAAAGCCAUCUCCCUCAGUGUGGGGCUUCAUGGUGACCCACAUCGCUGGCUAGCUGAAACCAAGACGAAGCUGCAGUGGUUGUGCGAGGAAGUGAAAGAGCGGGAGGCGCGGGCGAGGAGGCUGAGACGGCACGUCCAGCAGAGUCGAGAGGAGAUGAAAUGCCUGAAAAAGAGCAAAGACGCAGAGCAGCAGGUCCUCCUGGAGCGCAUCGCUCAGCAGGAGGGGCUGCUGGAGAACCUACAUGGUGAAAAGCGAGAUCUUCUGGAGAAAACACACAGGAGGAAUGAGGAAAUGAGGGGCCUACAGGACCGAAUAUCAGAUCUGGAAUUGAGCACCAAGCUAGCUCUGGAUCACUUGGAGUCCGUCCCCGACAAACUGAGUCUGCUAGAAAACUUCAAAGACCUGGAGGAGUCUCAGCGACAGAGGGAGAUGGUGGAGCAGCGAUAUGCCCGUUACAAGGAGAUCGUAGGCGAUUUGCAGCACCAGUUAGAGGAGUCCAAAAGGAGAAUCCAGGACUUCAGGGAUGAGAAGAUGGAGGCGGCGUCCCACAGCAUCCGCCUGGCCGCUCUCUCCUCCUCCAUCCGGGGGCCGAGCAACUUCCUGUCCAGCUCCCGGCUCGAUGACACGCCACACAAACUCUUCGACUCUCCGGAUUUUGACAGGAGUCUGCUUGAAGACCAAAGUUCACCUGUAAAUGGCAUAUAAUGUCUGCCACAACUCAGCGAAACAUAGACCCGUCUCCACUCUACAAAGCCUGUUUACAGCGGUCUACAGCAGCCAGUUAUAUUUAUAACUGUAUAGAAGCAUUAAAAAUGGUCCCUUGCGCAUUCAACACUACGCCAACCGCCCCAAAGCGUUUCUGGUCCAUGAGCUGGGUUACCAUGACAACCUCAAGGCCAAACACUUUUACUGUGGACAAAGAACAAUGGGGUAUUCUCAGCAGUGAGAGGUCAGUCUUGGUAUUACUUAGUAAUGGUUCUUAGAAAAAUUGACUUAAAGUAUGUUUUCCACUAUUUUGUGUCCGUAAACUGGAGGUUCUUGAUUAAAUGUACUGCAGAUGACUGCAAACCUGGCAAAUCUGCUUAAUCUGUGAACCAGAACUCAGAAAUAGAUAAAGGUUCUUAAAUCAUGGAAUUAGAAUGCCUUGCAUAUAGCACAUUUCUGUAGGUUUACACUUUUUUUUUUUUUUUUUAUCUAUUGAACUGUUGAAAUCAAAUAUUUGUACUCUGAUUUAUGCAGAUAUGAAAUAUUUUGCCGAUAUAUGGUGCAUUUCUACUAAACAUGUAAUGACACACGUAUAUUCAGAAUAAAUUAGAUUCUCAGUGUUUCUUUGUAUAACGAAAGCUGGUUGUUCUGAAUGCUGGUGUCAUUUCAUUUCAUUGAUCUGUUUUCAUUUCAGUGCAGACACUGAAUUAAUAUGUUUUAUCUUAUUCUAUAUUAGUACACAUUUAUGCUUUUUAUAUUUUUGACAGUGAUUAUUUGUAUAAAAUCACAAAGACAGCACAAGUUACACAUGUUCAGUGUUUGAGUGAAGAAUAUAAAACACAAUGUGGAAAUUA